GAAGAAAAAAAAAAGGAACUCGCUAGGCCUUCAGAAUAAAGGCGAUUUUGUUGUACUAUAACACAAUGGGAAAGGGAUUGCAGCACCAAGAUCCUAGUAUUAGUCCGGAAAAUCCUCCGGGAUGCAUGUGGAUACUUCACAGGAAACGCCUUCCGCGCAAAAGGAAGGGUGGAAAGCGAGUUGCUGUGGUUGAAGAUCUAGGGGAUAAUGCAACUGCUACUGAGAAUUCCCCGAUUGUGUCGAAAGCCAAAGAACCUAAUCAAGUGUCCAAAAGUUCAAUGUUAUCUCGAAUAAGAUCUCUGAUUACUCAAGAAGAGACGUCUAAAAGAAAGGGCAGGCACCGGAGAAGUUCAUCCUGUCCUAUACAGCUCGAACGAACUAAUUCUAUUCAACAUCUAGACCUUGCUGAUCUACAAUCUUCUCAUGAAAAUCCUAUAAAUGACAAGACUUUGGAGCAUAUUAAUUACAAGGAGAAAUAUUCUGUUGCUAGUCUGUUAGACCCUCCCACCAAAAGAAUACGCGAGCGUGCAGUACAAGAGCCUAUGGAAUUAGAAAACAUGAGAAAUGACUCAUCCAAGUUGAUGCUUGGGUUUAUAAAGUCUAUUUCAUUUCCUUCGCGUAGAUCACGGGGAAGAAAAACUGUCAGGUCAAGGAAACAUAAGAACAAGAUGGAAUGUGGUCAUGAUCAUGUUAAAGGGGAGGAUGAUCAGUCACAAGUUGGUAGUGAGUUGUCUGGUUCUGCUGGAUUUAAUAGCCACUCAGUGACAUCAACGGAUUUGAGUAGCGAUGAUGAUGUUGGAAAACACAUGUUGAUCAGAAGAGCUGAAUCAUUUGAUAAUUCCUCUGCUUGUUCACCUCGCGCAGAAAAGAAAGACCGUGAGAGUAGUAAACUCAUCCUCAAUCGUUUUAAGAAUCUAAAGCAAAAAAUAAGAUAUGCACUCGAGGUGAGUAGAAAGGAGAGGCGUCGUAUUGUCAUGGAUGCUGUCCUUCAUAAGGUUCCACAUGGUCAUAGAUCAUCAAAGGAUAUUGAAAAGGGAAGUACUUUUUCUCAUUGCAAUUCUCCAUUUAGCAAGAGUGAAAAAAUGAAAUCCUUUAGGAGAACAUUAUCUGUUAAUGAGUCAUUGCACAAACAUAAUCGAUUACUCGACUCAUCUUUCUAUAGGGAGGAAAAACAUCACAUUUCUGAUCGUUCGAGCUUUAGAACAUCUAGAUCACCUUCACCGGCUAGAAGUAGUCCUAUAGGUCUCGAUAGGAUUCUCUCUAUGCCUGAUCUCACAUAUUACAAUUCUUUCAAGUUUGAUGACUCUCCUGAACGUGGAUCCUCGUAUACACUAGACAGAGCUACAUCGAGCAGCAACUUAUAUGUAGGAAUUUCCAAGUCUAAUGAACAGAAGUCCUUAGAUAUCCCUUUAAGUUCCGAAAACCAUACUGAGGAGGGUUAUAAUUCAGACUCCAAGAGUACAAUUUUUCUUGAUGUCAGUGAGAGUUUUGAUGACUUUGGUGGCUUCAGGACUCGCGAGAACUCUUCCUCGGUUGAAAACAUUAUCGAGGGAACCUCAUCUGUUGUUUCAAACUUAGAUAAACCAAUUCCUGUUCCUCUGCCUGAUAUGAUUUUUCAGAAUGCUACUUCUGGUGCAACUGGGCUCUCGGCAGCUAAAGGUGCAGAAGAGGAUGCAGCUAAUACCGAUAAAAAAGGAUUGUCAUCGAGUGAUCUGAACAGAAUUUUGCAAAUUCAGGUUGAUAAAAGAUAUGAAUCUGAAUUCAAUUAUGUAAAAGAUGUACUAGAACUAUCUGGAUUCAGUGGAGACAAGUUUAUAGGGAAAUGGCAUUCUGCUGACAAACCAGUGAAUCCUUCAUUAUUUGAUGAAGUGGAAGGUUAUUGUUUACUUGAUCAAGAGGAUGUUACUUGUGAUCAACUACUUUUGUUUGAUUUGAUCAAUGAGGUCUUGUUACAAAUUUAUGAGAGAUCAUGUUCCUACUGGCCAAAGUCGUUAACGUGUCAUUCUCAUAUCCAUACGAUGCCUAUUGGCUACCAUGUCCUUGGUGAGGUAUGGAAAGAUGUAAACUCGUGUUUCGAAUCUGAAAUGAAGAAUGAUCAACCAAUUGACUAUGCUGUGAGCCGUGAUCUAGCAAAAGAUGAAACUUGGAUGAACCUUCAAUUUGAUGCUGUGUGUGGUGGACUGGAGUUGGAGGAUCUUAUAUUGAAUGAUCUUUUAGAAGAGCUGGUUUUCACUUGAUGUUCAUGUUGUUCACCUAUUCCUUGUAUUGCUUUGA